UGCUCCUCACCAUGGAAACGCUUCUCACCUCUGGGUUGUCGUGGAGACAAUCCUCACCUGGACAGUAGACUCCGCCCUGCAUUAACCGGAAUUAUAUAGUUUAGCCAAUCAGACACCUGGCGGCUGGAUGGAAUAAGGAAGUAAUCUGCAUAGGCUACUCCUAAUCCACAGACAAAGGCAAUUUUAAUCGGAGGUCUUCUCGGCAGGCUGGGCUCGUCUGGCUGGGUCUGUGGGAUUGAUCCACUAAAGAUUGGAGGAUACCCAAAAUCUAUUUCUCCAAUAGGAAUCCCAGAUCACGCUUGUGGCAGCACACAUGGAUCUAAUCUUCCUGUCUCCCAUUAACCUCAAUACAACCACAUGGUGAUCUGUUCAACUACCCCUGUUCUGUAGUUGUUCAUGGAAGUUGGAUGUGCCUCUAAGUUUCAACCCUCUCUGACUCUCUACCAACUACAGGUAGUAACCAGCUUUUGCACAGAAGGCUGUAGUGAAUGGAGGUGGAUGGAAGCGCCUUUGAUGUGGUUUAGAUAAUCUAUUGUUUGCUUUUGGCUGUCUGGUGACAUGUUCGGCAGUGUGAAGAAAAUCAUCUCUCUGUUUGAGACUCGACGGCAGCCUCGCCCCCUCUCUCUACCUCCUUCCCUCCCUCCAUCUCUCUCUCCUUCUCUUCCUGCAUCUGUUUCUUCAUCUCUUCCCCUAUCUCUCCCUUCCUCCCUAUCCCCUCUCAGGUCCAGUAAAAAAGCCCCCCAGUCCCCCUUAAAGAGACACUCCUCUCCUUCUGCCUCCCUCUCCGGCUGCCCUUCCUCCUUCUCCGGCUGCCCUUCCUCCCUCUACCCUCAGACCAAACCCAGACCCCCACUUAACCCCCCACCUGUCCACCAACCACUACAACUUCCUGCUAGAUGGAGAGUAGGAGAAGAAGGCAGGGAGGGAGUGAGUGAUACGGGUUGGGGUCAUGGAGGGCUGAGAGGUCGUGGGGGGGUCAGGGUUAGGAACUCAUGGCCGAGCGGACGGCAGGAGCUUCAGAUAAGAAACCAAACAUCUGUCACCAUGGAGAUUCCACAACACUUUUGGACCGCAACUAAACCUCAACUCCAGACCACUACUCAACCCCAGACCACUACUCAACCUGAACAUCAACCGCAGACCACUACUAAACUCCAGACCACUACUCAACCUCAAACUCAACCCCAGACCACUACAAAACCAGAACCUCAACCCCAGACCACUGUUCAACCCCAACCUCAACCCCAGACCACUACUCAACCCCAGACCACUACUCAACCUGAACAUCAACCGCAGACCACAUCUAAACCUCAGACCACUACUCAACCCCAGACCAAUACUCAACCAAAACCAAAAACUCACCCGCAGACCUCUACUCAACCCCAGACCACUACUCAACCCGAACAUCAACCCCAGACUACUUCUAAGUCUCAACCUCAACCCCAGACCACUACUCAACCCCAGACCACUACUCAACCCGAACAUCAACCCCAGACUACUUCUAAGUCUCAACCUCAACCCCAGACCUCUACUCAACCCCAGACCACUACUCAACCCGAACAUCAACCCCAGACUACUUCUAAGUCUCAACCUCAACCCCAGACCACUACUCAACCCCAACCUCAACACCAGACCCUGGCCCCGCUCCCAUCUUGGUCGCUGUGUCUGAAGGGCACACCUUCUGUCCGGAAUGCUGAGGCAGCCCUGCUGCUCUUCUGUCACAGUGGCUCCAGUAGCAGUAAGAUUGUAAUUGACAACAAGAUUGAGCAAGCCAUGGACUUGGUGAAGAGCCACCUGAUGCUGGCUGUGAGAGAGGAGGAGGAGCUACUGAGGAAGCGGAUCAACCAGCUGUCAGAGAGGAACGCCCAUCUGGAGAGAGAGAACUACAUACUGAGAGCACUGAGAGACAGACAGAGACACUAACGCACUCAUCCAUGCACACACUCACACACACACAUACACAAAGAGAAGUUAACAGUAUUAGUACAUGCCUUUCAUUUUCUAUUUAAAGGGGUGUUUUGAUUAGUCCUGUAAAAUGUGUAUUUAUAUUUAACCUUUAUGUACCCAGGCGAGUCAAGAACAUAUUCUUAUUUACAAUGACAGCCUGGCUAUGAUGAUGUAGUCUCGUGUAAUGAUGAUGCUGUAGUUAUGAAGAGGCCUGGUUGCCAGUCUCUAUAACGUACCAUUUCUUAGUAUAUUCCAUGUCGUGUGCCAAUGGCAGUUAAAUGAGUGGAAUGUUAGCUAAACGGAGACUGGUGACCAGGCUAAUGAAGAGGGGUUCUGAAAGUGUGGUGUGCAUAUUCUGUAAUU